UUUUCUGUAUCCGACACUUCCCUAUAUAACUCUCACUCUUUCUUUGUCACUCCGGACUUUUAACAAACACUUGUUCUGGUUUUCCAGCCAUGGAAGAGCUAAUAAUCUCCUCCACUUCAUCUUCUUCUCUAGUCUCUAUCUCCCAAGAAAACCCACCAACACUCCAACAAAGGCUUCAGUUCGUAGUCCAAAACCAACCCGAUUGGUGGGCUUACGCCAUAUUUUGGCAAACCUCGAACGAUGACAGUGGCCGUCUCACCUUAGCUUGGGGAGAUGGCCAUUUUCAAGGAAGCAAAGACAAUUCCCCAAAACUGACGGCGCAGGUCUUUAAAACUACCAGCGACAUGGAAAUGCCGACGAUGGAUAACAACAACGAUGUCACCGACGCCGAAUGGUUCUAUGUGAUGUCACUCACUCGUUCUUUCUCCGCCGGAGAUGGUGUUCUCGGUAAGGCACUCCUUACCGGCUCCUUGGUUUGGUUAACUGGUGCUCAUGAACUGCAAUUUUAUAACUGCGAACGAGUUAAGGAGGCUAAAAUGCACGGCAUUGAGACUUUUGUUUGUAUUCCGACCUCUUGCGGGAUUCUCGAAUUGGGAUCCCCUGAAAUCAUUAGAGAGAAUUGGGAUCUUGUUCAACAAACCAAAUCUCUGUUCGGAUCAGAUCUAAUUGGGAUAGUAUCAAAUAACCCGAAUCUGAAUCCAAUCCAGUUCGUCGACCGCGACGACUCCUUCGCUGAUAUAUCCAUACUUGCCGGCAUCGAAGACAACGAAUCGAAUCGUGGAAAGAAGACAUCGAAGGAGUGUGCAAAAGCAGGACAAUCAUCAUGUAUAGACUCUGAACAUUCAGGUUCAGAUGGUCCGUUAAUCGCUGGUAAUAACGACGACAGAACGCCUAAAAAGAGAGGCAGAAAGCCCGGGGUGGGCCGCGAAACCCCAAUGAACCACGUGGAGGCAGAGAGGCAGAGGCGGGAGAAGCUGAACCACCGUUUCUACGCUCUGCGUGCGGUGGUUCCUAACGUAUCCAGGAUGGACAAAGCAUCACUCCUCUCCGACGCCGUUUCCUACAUCAACGAAUUAAAGGCCAAAAUCGACGAUCUCCAGUUGCAGUUACAGCGAGAGUCCAAAAGGGUAAAAUUAGAAGUGUCAGAUAACAUGGACAACCAAAGCACCACCACUUCCGUCGACCAAGGGCGGCCUCCUAGUGGGUCGAUUGCGGUGGUCGACGUGGAUAUCAAGAUUCUGGGUAAUGAUGCCAUGAUUAGGGUCCAAUCCGAGAACUCUAAUUAUCCAUCUGCCAGACUAAUGGGUGCGUUACGGGACCUAGAAUUAUCCAUCCACCAUGCGAGCGUUUCUUGUGUCAACGAUCUCAUGCUUCAAGAUGUCGUCGUCAAAAUCCCUGACGGGUUGAAAACUGAAGAGGCAUUGAAAUCUGCUCUCAUCGCUAGACUUUAAAGGUGUCAUCAGUAGUUUCAGAAAAGAAAACAAAAAUGGGGAAGCUACAAGUCAAUGCAGACAGAGUACGGAUGCACGUUCAUCACAUUCAUGGACAGAUGGAGUGUCUCUGAAAAAAUUAAAGGGCUCUCUUUUCAGUUUUCAUGGCUGAAAAUAUCGAGGACUGUUCCAGCUUUUGUGGACGAUAUAAAAAAAAGAAAAAAACGGAAUCUCAUUCCCCACAUAAAAUAAUGUCGCACUUAUAACA